AUGUGGAGGGGACACCUUGGGGACACCCUGGGGACAUCGUGCCCCGUGGGGACACCGGCCCUUGGGGAGUGUAAGCGGGGCGGCGCGGGGACGCAGACACGACCACGGCAGAUGGAAGGGAUGGACACGAACACCGGAGGGCACGGCCGGGGCUUUCCGGAGCGCCAGGGGGGUGGCGGCAGGGGGGAGGCCGCCGGCCCUCGCACCAACCCCGCGGCGCUGAGCAAACAGCCGCAGGGGAGCGGCAGCGCAGGGCGGCCCCGCAACCCGGUCACCGCCGGCCCCGAGGGUGGGCGUCGAGGCCGGGAAGUCCCAGGAGGCCGUAAAUCUGCCACGGCUCUGCCGCGGGGCCCCCGGCGCCACGGCCCCUUUGGUGCUGGGUAUGGGGAGGAGCGGGUGAAGGAGGCCAAGGGGGCUUGGAGGAAGUCAGAGGAGGGCGAUGGAGGCCAACAGAGGCCAACAGAGGCCAACGGAGGCCAACGGAAGGCAGUGGGGACGGUGCAGGGUCUGCAGGACAAGAGGGCCCGGGACCCGCCCCGCGCUCCCCUCCCACCCCGACCCUGCACAAGGGCAGGGGCCGAGCCGCGACCACAAAAUGGCGGCCCCCAGCCGCCGUACACCGGAAGCCGCUCUCCUCUUUCCCCGGACUCCCAACCAAUCAGCGCGCGGCUGGCUGAGCGGCGCGCCAAUAAGAGGCGGCGGCGCCGCGGCUUCGUCAUCAGUCAGCGCCCGCGCUCUGUGCGCGCUGCGGGCCGGCCGUACGGCGAGGGCCGGGCGAGCCUCCCCGCCAUGCAGCGCUGAGCCCCGGCUUCCCCCCCCGCCAUGGCAGCCCGGCUGGUGGGGCGCUGCUGCUGGCGGCACCUCGCCGCCAUCUCCUGCGGGCCCGGCCCGGCCUCGCGGCUCCGCGCCUCGGGGCG